AUGAGAUUCUAUAUUUUGGAGGUUUGGCGGGGAGGCUGUGAGUACGUUAUUUGCUUUCAGCCUCUCCGAGAGGUGGCCUAUUCCCAGAGCACUGGCCAGAAAGAGCAGCUGAGCCGCUGCCUGCAGCGAGGGAUCAGGCGGGUCCAGGAUCUCUGUAAAGUCCUCCAGCUCCCGACGGUGUUUGAGGAAACGGCAGUGUCGUACGUCCAGAGAGCUCUGCAGCACCCCUCCUUCCACCUGGUCAGUCUGGAGAAGAAGGAGCUCCUGGGGGGCUGCUGCGUCUUUGUGACUUGUCGACAGCACAACUGGCCACUGACGAUGGGGACGAUCUGCUCCCUCCUUUAUGCGAAGCAGGAACUGUUUGCCAGCGUCUACCUGAGCCUGCAGAAAGAGCUCGAGCUCUCUGUGCCGGCCCUGAGCCUGGCAGAUCUGGUGAAGACUCACCUGAACAGUUUUCGGCUGUUCCAGCACGCGGCUGACAUCCCGGCCCCCUUUGUGGAGAACAAGGAGAAGGUGGUGGCCCGAACGAUGCAGAUUGUGGAGCUGGCCAGUGAGACAUGGCUAGUGACCGGCCGGCACCCUGUCCCCAUCGUCACGGCCGCAGCGUUCCUGUCGUGGCAGUCGCUGCAGCCGGCCACCCGCCUCGCUUGCACCCUGGCACGCUUCUGCAAGCUGGCGCGCGUGGACCUGCCGCCUCCGGCGCACCUGAGGCUGAAGGAGCUCCUUGAGAUCCUCCUGAGAAUGGCCUCCCAGCUCGCCUGGCUGCGGGUGUUUAACUUGGACAAGAAAACUGUGGUCAAGCACAUCGGGGACCUGCUGCAACACCGGAUUUUCCUGCUGAAAAGCGCCUUCUGCCCGGAGGAUGAGGAGGAGCAGCAGUGUGCGGCGGCCCCGGGUGAGGCCUCCCCCGGGUCAGCAGCGGGGGCAGUGCAGGGGGGGGGCUGUCCCUCGGCGGGGAAGCGCCGGCCCUUGCUGCCGCCCUGCCUCGUCAAUCCGAGGAAGAGGCUGCGCACGGCAGCACCGAGCGCUUCGGACUCUGCCGUCACUGGCGAGGAGCCCAUCUCCGACGGCGAGAUCGAGCAGUACCUGCGCGGCCCGGAGGAGAUCCGGGCCUUCAGGAAGGCCCAGGCCUGGCUGUGAGGAUGGUCAAUCUCAGCGUGGGCCCGGGGCUGCAGGGGCUGCGGCACCAAAAGUGUAAAACCUGCUGGUGACAGAGCCGUCGCACGAUGAGGGAGUGGGGUGGUGGGGAGGGUGCAGGCUCUGUCCUCUUUCGUGUUCUGGACCAAAAUGGGGCUUUUUCUGGAGUGACUGCUUUGGGUUGUGUUACAUUUCUGUUAGAAAUAAACAGGAGCGCAGGUGCCAGGGCGGGUUUCAGGGUUCUCUCUCUCUUCAGCCUCUGGUUAAAGGUUUUGGUGAGCCCCAGCCCUGCGGGGUGGCGUCGGUGAGGCCUUACAGUGGGGUGAGACCCGGGGCAGGUCUCCAGCACCUUCACUGACGCUGCUUUUCCAGGUCUCACCUUCUUGUGCUUCACUUCCUUUGGCAAAAUGGGUUUGUGAGGGUCACAGAGGCACGUGAAGUGGCUGGGACAGAACGACCCCGUCCUUGGUGAAAUAAGGGAGGUGAAAGUGCUGGCAGUCUGUGUGUGUACAGUGCUGCUGCUCCAUCAACACUGCCCACUCCUUGCCUGGCCACCUGUUGUAUUUGAACACAAAUUCUGUGAGAAAUACCAGUAGAUCUUGGCAGAUUGGCAAAUCUUUAAUAUAUUAAACAAAACAUAUCUGCUAGAAACAUUCUAUUUAUAUAAAAAUGCAAAAAGACCCCUUUAAAGACAUUUCUUUGGCAUACUUUCCCCUCCCUCCCCCACGUAUAUUGCAAGAAGCUCUCUGUUGAUAUGUCAUUUGCUUGUAAUGUAAACAGACAAAAAAAAAAGUGUAAUUAAUAAUACAAAGCUUUUUCUAUAAUACUGUCACAGUGCAGCAAGCAUAUAUAACAACUCAGCAUCAGCACGACCGUGUAGGCUGCGGUAUCGGCAAUAAGGAUCUAAAUUGUAUUAAAUACCAGGGGCAGUGAAAGGUGGUUGAAGCCGGUGGUUGGGCAGAGAGGGGGAGGCAGGCGGGGAGCGGCAGGGUGGGCUGGGGGCUCCCCGAGGGUUGCUAGAGGAGAGAGAAAUCCACCACGAAGUGCUUUUUCCUCCACGGCCUUGUGGGUCCCUGGCCCCGCCGGCCCCUCGUGGCCCCUGGGGAGGUAGCUAACU